AUGAGAGAAGGAGAGAGCGGGGGCGAACAGUUGAGGAUGAAACAUGGUGAGGAAGAUGGUCAUGCCAUCGGAAGAGAUAAGGGGGAGAGCGUGGGUGGGUGUGUAUCCGGUGUUAAGGAGGGUUCUUCUCGAGAGGGGUUAGAAAAGUCAUCCAAGGUCUCUUUUCGAGAUAAAGUCAUUGGUGCAGAAAAGUCUAAGGCCUUUGCAUUAGUAGGGUCUUUAUCUGGAUAUGGUAUCGCGACGGUUACAGGUAAGCAGGGUGAUUCUCGUCCACCAAGUGUCAGUUUUACCAAGGAGGCAAAGAGUUGUCUGGCUGAACCUUAUAAGGAAGCCAUCGUGAUCAAGGUGCUGGAUAAGCAUUAUGGCUACACGGCUCUCAUGCAUAAGCUUCAGAUAGUAUGGCGCAUCAAAGGAGGGUUUGAUUUGUUGGAUGUGGGGUUUGGAUAUUUUUUGGUUAAAUUUGAUAUUGCUGCAGAUCGUGAGAAAGUCAUUCUUGGUGGCCCGUGGUUGAUAGACGGUCACUAUGUUGCAGUAAAGCCAUGGGAUGUGGAUUUUAGGCCAUGCAAAAAAUCUUUUGGAUCAAUGCUGGAACAAGCAAUGCUGCAAAUUGCUUCUGCAAUAGGGAUUUCGGUGAAAGUAGAUUUGGCCACUAAGCUUGCAGAAAGAGGAAAAUAUGCCCGAGCUUGUGUUCAAAUUAAUCUUGAGUUGCCUGUAAUUAAACAUAUUAUAGUGGAGGGUGUGACUUAUGAAGUGGAGUAUGAGAGUUUACAGUUGAUUUGUGCUACUUGUGCACGGUAUGGGCAUGAUAAAUCGUUGUGCAUGGAGAAGGAGUCCUUGGAAGGAAACGGAAAUUCCUUUGGUGAUGGAAAAAAUAAUGAAUCCCCGACACUAGUGCCACACAACAAUCAUGAGAUUCAAAAAGAGGCUAAAUCAGAAGCUCGUGAUUUAGGUGAGAAUCCUCGUAAUUUGUGUGAGAAAUUAGGAGUUGUUAAAGGGAAGGAUGUGGUUACAGAAUCAUUGGCUCUUCAUGUGCCUGAUGGUCAUGUUAAUGAGGCAUGCAUGGAUGAUGAAGAGGGCUGGCAACAAGUGCUGCGUAAUGAAAAAUUCACAAUGGGCCAGUCAUCAGGUUUGAAAGACCAAGAUGAAAAGCAGCACAAGUUUGAUUCGAGAAGGGUUCCAAGGCCCAAUUUGCAUGGUGAUGGAGGCAAAUCAAUUGGCAUUAGGAUGGGGAAGCGAGAAAAACAUGAAAUUGCGCCAUCUCCAUCGCGCAGAACUCCUGCACGUCGUGAAAUUUCUCUACGGAAGCGUCUUGGGCCUUCCUCCUUGCAGAACUCGCCAGUUGAUAAAAAUGAUGGCACAACGGAGAAAACCUUAGUAGAUGGAAGCAUGGCAGGUGCAGUGUCAGGGGGUCCGAAGGUGGCAAUUAUUGAGGAUCAGAGUGUGCCAGUACUGCAGGACAAACAACCUAUUGAGGGUAUUACUCUUGAGGUUCACUUUGAUAAUUUAAUUUGGAGGUGUAGUGGUAUUUAUGGCAGUCCUCAAUUUAAGAAAAGGGUUCUCCUUUGGGAUUAUCUUGUUGCACAAUCCAUGGUUUUUCAAGGACUUUGGAUUGUUCUUGGUGAUUUUAAUGAAGUCAAAUUUUCUCAUGAAUCUAAGGGCUGUCAAUUUUCUCAUCAAAGAGCAGACAUGUUUGCUACUUCAUUAGGGGAUAGUGGUUUGUUUGAUCUGAAGACUAUUGGGAGGCAAUUUUCUUGGUACAGGAGGGUGAAAAAUUAUGUUGACGUGGAAAAAAAGCUUGAUCGAGUCUGUAUAAAUAGUAGUUGGGUAUAUAUCUUUCCAGAAGCUUAUGCAGAAGUUUUAAAUAGGCUUCAGUCUGAUCAUUGCCCUAUUCUGGUGCGUUGUAAAGGUCGUCCUCAGCCUAAAGGGAGUCGACCUUUUCGAUUUGUUGCUGCUUGGGCUACUCAUCCUGGGUAUAGGGAUAUUGUGAACCAGUCAUGGUGGUCUGGUAAUAGAGGGAUUCAUGGCAAGCUUUCGGAAGUACAGAAGAAUUCACUAGAGUUUAACUCGAAGUGCAAGAAGAGCUCCUAUGGUUCCAAAAGUCCAGAGAGCAGUGGGUUAGGUUCGGGGAUAGGAAUACAAGAUUCUUUCAUAUUCAAACUCUUGCGCGAAGGAAGCAUAAUAAGAUUCAUGGCCUUUUUCUCAAGGAUGGAGUGGGAAACUGAUCCAGAGGUUCUGAGUCAAGAAGCAGAGUCUUUCUAUAAAAGCCUAUUCUGUCAUUUGGAUGAUGUUGAUUUGGGUUGCCUUGGUGAUGUGCCUCUUCCUUCUCUGAAUGAGGAAGCUUGCAAUAAUCUUACAGCACCAGUUACUAUGGAGGAAGUCAGAACAGCUGUUUUUCACAUGAACUCUUUUAAAGCUCCGGGUCCUGAUGGAUUUCAAGCUUUCUUCUUCAAAGAAUAUUGGGAGAUCAUUGGUCUUGAUGUUUGGAAGAUGGUUAAGCAGGCAUUCUCCGGUGUUACUCUUGAUCCGAGAAUGUUGGAGACUUUACUGGUUCUCAUUCCAAAGGUUGAAUUACCGGUAUCUAUGAAAGAUUUCAGGCCUAUUAGUCUCUGCAAUGUAGUUUACAAGAUCAUCACAAAGGUCCUUGUUAAUAGGCUUCGUCCUCAUCUUGCGGAGAUUGUUGGCCCGCUGCAAGGAGGAUUUAUUCCGGGACGAGGAACUCCUGACAACAUCAUUAUUGCUCAAGAAGUCCUCCACUUUAUGAAGAAGACUAAAUCAAAGAAAGGCACACUGGCCUUUAAGAUUGAUCUGGAGAAAGCUUAUGACAGAGUUGACCAGAGGUUUUUAGCUCAUACCCUUAAGAGCUUUGGUUUUCCUAUUCCUACACUUAAUUCGAUUAUGAAUUGUGUCACUGCUUCUUCUUUAUCUAUUUUUUGGAAUGGGAGUCGUCUGAAUGGCUUUACUCCUAGCCGAGGUCUUAGACAAGGAGACCCUUUGUCAGCCUAUCUUUUUGUGUUGUGUAUGGAGCGAUUGGCAUGCUUUAUUAGUCAUCAGGUUGAUUUGGACUUGUGGGAGCCGGUUGCUAUUUCUAGAGGGGGACCAAGAAUAUCCCACUUAAUGUAA